CUUUCUUCUGCUCAACAAAAGGCAGUCUGAAGAACUUUGCCAAUAUUUUUCAAACGUAAUCAAUUGUAUUUUUAAGAUUAAAAGUAAGGAUUUGGAGUCAAUGGUGGGGCGGAAGGUGCACAUGUAGAUAUGACCGGAGUGGGUGUUUCACACGGGAGGGGAGGAGGAAAGGGCUGCCUGGGAUUAACCUGCUGGAGCUGGGGCCGCCAGGGGCAGCAGAGAGUCGGCAGCAAUGACAGGAAAUCCCGCGGCUGCUCUUGGCUUCCUGUUUACGCGGGCCACUCGACUCCCGGCCGGAGGAGGGGAUUUUCGCACUUGGCCGAUGAUGGGACUGUCCGGCAGCACUUGGAGCCGCUGCCCUGGAGCUUAGCUUGGGUCUCAUCGCUUCGCACCUGGCCGAGGGUACGAGGAGGCUCGAGGUGGUCCGCGGUUGCCCCUCUCAACCCUGGGCCCGGGGUAGCGCUGGAAGCCGGGGCGGACCGAGGAGCCCAGGUUAGAAAGACUUCUUUCUCAGUGUGGAGUCUUCAAAAGACCAGGAUAAAGUCUUUUGUUUGGUCGUGGGAAACACUUUUCCAAUGUGAGGCCUUUCACCAUGACUGAGUGUUGGGAGGAGCACCCCGCUGCUCCGCCCCUGGUGGAGAACUGUAUCCCCCAGAGUAACGAACGAGCCCUUGAGUUUGCCAUUGUGUUCCCAGCCGACGCCGCCCUUCAGCAGCAUCAGCCCCUGUCAGCUGAGUGCUCCCAGAAAUGCAGCAUGUGUGGCCAGACCAUCACGCAACUCUCCGAGCUCCAGCAGCACCCGUGCUUUAUUAACAUGAAUCGCUUCUUCCAGUGCGCCCAGUGCCAGAAGACUUUCAGCCAGUCCACCGACCUCUUGCAGCACCAUUGCGGACAACUGGAGGAGAAGCCCUUCAUCUGCCACGUUUGCAAGAUGGGCUUUUCCCAGCUGCUGGCACUGGUCCAGCACCAGAAUGUCCACAACGAGAACAACCCCUUCAAAUGCACCAUCUGCGGAGAGAACUUCCAGCAGUCCUCCGAACUCUUUCUGCACCAGAGGGCCCACAUCGAAGAGCAGCCCUUUGAGUGCACGGUCUGCAAGAAGAAGUUCAAGGAUUCCUCUGAGCUGGUUGCCCACCAACAGUUCCAUGCACCCGAGAAACCCUUCAAAUGUAACGUUUGCCAGAAGGGCUUCAAGAAGUCCUCGCAGCUGGUGCGCCACCAGUACAUCCACGGUGAGAAGCCCUUCAAGUGCUUGUCCUGUGAGAAGGCCUUCCGGCACGCCUCCGAACUACAGAGGCAUCAGCGGGUGCACACCGGAGAGCGGCCCUUCAAGUGCACCCAGUGCGACAAGACCUUCAGCCAGUCCUCGCACCUGGCCCACCACCAGCGCAUCCACUCGGGCGAACGGCCCUACGAUUGCAGCAUCUGCCACAAGAGCUUCAAGCACCGCUCGCACCUGGUGCGGCACAUGUGUGUGCACGCCGGUGAGGACAUGUUCAAGUGUGUCAUCUGCCACGCCGGCUUCAAGCAGCCGGGGGAGCUGCUGCAGCACCAGUGCACGGCAGAUGGCGAUCGCCCCUACAAGUGCAGCCAGUGCCCUAAGACCUUCAAGCGCGCGUCCUACCUCCAGCACCACCAGCGCGUCCACUCGGGGGAGAGGCCCUUCAAGUGCACCACUUGCCAGAUGAGCUUCAAGCAGCUGUACGCACUGGUGCGGCAUCAGCGCACCCACACGGGAGACAAGCCCUACAGAUGCACGGUGUGCGACAAAGGCUUCAGUGAAUCCUCACACCUCCUCUACCACCAACACAUCCACACGGGGGAGAGCCUCUUCCAGUGCACGGGCUGCCAGAAGAGCUUCAAAGACUCCUCGGAGCUCCUGAGGCACCGGUGCGCCCGGGUAGAAGGCAAGCCGUUCAAGUGUACUGUGUGUCAGAAGGCGUACAAGCGCGUCUCGGCCCUGCAGGUCCACGAAGCCACCCACGUCGAGGAGCGGCCGUUCAAGUGCAAUGCCUGUGAGAGGCGCUUUGCGUGCUCCUCCGAGCUAGUCGAGCACCCGUGCCGCCCCGCCAAGGAAAAGCCCUUGAAAUGCAGCGACUGUGAGAAGCGGUUCAAAUACUCAUCGGACGUGGAGCGGCACCGGCGUGUUCACACUGGAGACAAACCUUUCAAGUGCAUCACUUGUGACAAGGGCUUUAAGCAGAAGGAGCACCUGAUAAAGCACCAGAAUGUCCACGCCAGGGAGAGUCAGUGUAAGUGCACGUGGUGUGGGGAGAGGUUUACAGAGCUGAGCUACCUGCAGGAGCACUGCCUUCAGCACACAGCCGAAAACUCCUUUGAAGGUUCUGCUUGUGGACAGUGAUAAUUUUUUUUUUCCCUUUGGAAGUUUGAUCUUACAAACUGUGGUGCAGAUAGGUUUGUAUGAGUUGACAGGAGGUGUUGUUCCUUAUGGCAGAGUGUCCAAGUUUCAUGGGCUUUGUAUGGAGCCCCAAGGUUCUCCAUCCCUCUAUAAAGUUUCCUAACUUUGUUGAUACCAAUAGAUCUUGGUAAUCUGAUUUAGGAGUUAAACAUCAAUAAAAUCUCUCAACCCCCACAGACUCUCAGAAACAAAACAGGGCAAACCAGCAAGUUGGAUAUAUAAGAGCAAAUAGAAAUGUGCUGCUCAGGUUGCCAGGCUUGUGGAAUGCAUGUGACCAGAGUUCAGAUACUGUCAUUUUAGCAAUGAUCGAUCACACCAAAUUAUUUCCAGUGAACUGUAAACCUUAUGGUUUAGUGAUCUGGUUUUUGUGUUCCUUAUACCUUUCCACUGUUGGAAAUGGAAAGGCUGUUAAAGUUAGUGCUACAAUACUGUUUUUGUGUGUGACAACACUGGAAAGCACCUUCCUUUUCCCCUCUGUCCAACAGAGUUUUGUGAUUUGUUUUGCAAUUGGUCUUCUGUGAUUUUUUUUUUCACAUGUACUCACAAUGUCCCCUUCUUUCAUGCGAUCCUCCUUUCAGUGAUCAAGUGGGAGGCAAAUGAAACGGUAGAUGUUGGAAUCAAAUGAAUAUAGAAAUGCUGGAAGAGCUCAGCCAAUGCAACUGCAUCUGUGGAAAAUGAAACUAGUUAAAUUUUUAUAACUGCAAUAUUAACUGUUUACUCUUUCUACUGGUGCUGCUUGAUUGGCUGAGUUCUAUCGGUGUUUUUGUUUUUCCUAAGGGAUUGGGAGCUUGCUUUCAUUAACAUGAAUCCAAAAAUGAGUGUUAACAUCUUUAUUGUAAUAAAACUGUAAUGUGGAAAGAAGCAUUUGUGCGUUUUGAGAUUGCAGAGUUGUAAGAUGUGGGAGCAUAUAAUUAGCGCCGUUGUUUUCCUAAAACUGCAGAGUGCCAUCUUUCUAUGCUGCAAAGUGUCCAAUGCAGGUGUCCAAUCACAUUCGAAGCUUUAGAAAAACUUGGUUUGCCUUGCUCUACUGCCUUCUGUUUACACUUUCCCUGGUAACUAGGACCACAGGCCAUAACUGAACUCAUCCUAAUCCUGGGAAUUUUUUUGCCCACAGUUCUGUUUUACUGCUGAUCCACUUUUCCUGGUGGAAAGUUCCUUCCCCACAACUCUUGUUUGAGUAAUGUGAAUGUUAAAGAAAUGGGAUGCAAUAGUUGAAAUGUAUUUUACUACAUCUUAAGCUACCUAAUUUGUCCAGCGGGCCUGGAGGCUUGGAGUCAAGGCAGCUUGUUUCCACCGGGUGCCAGUCAAUGUUCCUGUGCUGGUGGCUGCCAGGAAGGGUAUCAGUGUGGCUCUGAGCUGGGCUUUUCCCCAUUGCCAAAUCCAUGGCCUUUAUGCAUUCCCACAUAAAGCCGGAGCAAUUCAUUUAAACAGAGUAAUUUAAAUGCACAAUGCUCCAAGAUAUUGGUAUAGCUCCAGUGUCCCAUGCAAUUGUGCUCACUUGGGUUACAGUUGCUGCUAGUUGCACCUUAAAGCAAAUAUGUAAAUUAUCACACACACAGCUGAAUAGUUCUCAAGUAAAAUCUGAACUGAAAUAUUUUCUUAAAUGGAUUAGACUCCUCGACAGUUAAUAUCAGAUGAAAAAUUAUCUGUGGUGAGUGUUUUAUUAUAUUGAAACCUGCAAGUUCAGUGGUGGCUUUGGUUUGGAUCAGGUUGAUGGGACAUGUACUGAGGAGACAGUUGUCUCUGGCCUGUGAAGCAAUUAUCCACCCAUAGACUACAAUAGUUGGAGCAUUGUGAAUUAUUUUCAGAAUUCUAUUGCAAAUGUAUAAUUGAAAAUAGAUUUUAAUUUAUGUAUUUUAAAGUUGCUUGAUAACUAGUGCUACAUUUCACUGCUGCAAAAUGUUGAACUUGAGUUCUGUUUUUUUAAAUUUUUGGUCGUAUUGGCUUCGGUGAGAGAAAGAUGGAUUCAUGAGCAAGUCUUUCAAAAGCACUAGUUUUAACAAGAAUAUUUGAUAUAAAUGUCCUUGUCAUUAUUGGAAAGGAAACCACAAAGUUUUUUUUUAUGGGUUUUUUGCCAUUUCAACGUCUACAGUCUGAAUAUAACACAGGAUGGAUGUGAAGUUAUGGACACAGCAGAGCUCGAAUGACAAGUCUCCUUUGAAAAUGAACCUGCACCACAGAAAGUUGGGCAAGAAGUCAGCCAAACAUGAUCUAUCACCUUAAGUGAUUGCAGUCUUUACAAAGGUGGACUUUUGAUGAGAAGAGUGGUAUGUUUUUGCCAAUUGAAUCAAGGCUGUUGUCAUUUUGUGUCAUCUCCAUUUUGUAAGCACUAACAGUUUGCUAAUGCAGAUGCUAAAAUGAAAAGCAGAUUAAUAAAAAUUGAGUAGAAUUAAUAUACUGUCUUAUCAAAAUAGUUUCAAGCUGCCUGUAGGAUGUCUCCACGGUUACCAGUGUUUUUAGGAAUGUAAAAGAGCUGUCUCUCCUGCUGUUGCGCAUGGCUAAUUGCAGAAAAUGGGAUUGUAGAUAAUCUACAUCCUUGCUGAGUGUAAAGAGAGUAUUUGAUUGUAAGCUGUCAAAUAGGAAACUGAGUGCAAACUACAUAGCAUGUUAACUCUCAAUUCCGUUGGCUUACCAUUGAAUAUUCUCAUACCACAAGUGUGAUGUGUUUUUAAAAGAAGUGUCACAGAAAGUUGUUUUUUAUUUUAUUACAAAUGAAUUUUAUUUUGUCUGGGCUACCAUAGAUACAAGAUGACAAGUGAUUUACUUUCAGGGUUCAGGUGACACCAUAAACCAUACAGUUGAUUGAUGUAAUCAGAACCCAGAGAAUGAAUUACAGCCUGAUACUCUUGCCACUUGUAAUUUUUUUAUUAAUAUACAUAGUCUUAAUAAAAUUAAAUAAAUACUAAUGAAAUUUAAUGGUGCCGACUGAUAUGAUUACUGCAGAAUAUAACAGUUGAUUCACAGGAAACUAUAAUAAAGCAAUUUUGCUCUUCUGAAGGAGAAUGAGAAGGGAAUUGAUUUUGGAACCAGCUGUGGGAUCAAUUAAUUUUUAAGUGGAUAAUGUUAGAUUUGGAUCAUAAUAAUGUUUCUCUUUUUUAUUAGAGCUCUAAUUAUCAGUCUUAUAAUGGUUCUAAUUGAAUGUAAGCAACGGAAUGUUGUGUAAAUUCUCUUCAAUUACUUUUUAGGAUCAUGAUCAAACUGAUCUUUCUGUAGGUUCCUAUUUGCAAAUGGUAUUUUCUUUGGCUUUUCUUCAGAUGUAACUAUUUGAUAGACUAUGAAUUAAUCUUUCUAGGAAACUGUUUCUUUAGACAUACCGGUCUAACUGGAUGUAACAUUCUACCAAUGUUAAACACAGGUUGAUAAGUUUCAGAUUGUUGAGAAUGUACCGUUAAUCUGACAAAUGUUUAGCCAACACAUUUAGAAGUUUGGACUCUUUUCCUUAAGGUUUUACAGGAAGAAGAAAAAUGAAGAAAUGAAUCGUAUUUGUGUCUCCUAGACAGAUGUCACAUGAGAAGCUCAGCACCUUGGCUAAACGUGUUGUACCUCAUAUUGAUUUUAUCCAUGCCCUUUUGGACCUUGUACUCCUAAUUACUGCCCCAGAGUAUUUAAUUUGGGAAGGUCGUGUCAACCUGUUAGCAUUAACAAGUGUUACAUUGUAAAAGUCA